GACAAGGCUGUCUACUAUCACCCAUAAUAUUCCUGAUUGUAGUCAAUUGGAUCAUGCAACAGACAGCGAGGAGUGAGAAGAGGAAGAUACACCGGCUUGAAAGCCGAAAAGAAGCUAGAAGAUUUAGAUUUCACCGGUGACUUAUGUCUAAUGUCACACAAACUCGAAGAUGUACAGGUGAAAACUAACAAGUUGACAGAAGAGGCAGGGCAGGGCAGCGAAGACAGGGCUCCAAAUGAACGUAGAGAAGACAGAGGUGAUAAUGAUACCCAACCAACGCCAUCAACAGAAACAACAAGCACCAAUCACCGUGAACGGAAGAAACUUAAAGGAAGUAGCCUCUUUCACUCACCAACCUAUCUAGGCAGCACCAUUUCAACUACAGGUGGCACAAGCACAGACGAUGACGUGGAAGUCAGUCAGUCAGGAUCGGAAAGACAGCAAGACAUGCUUUCAUUAACCUGAAACCAGUGGGGAGAUCUAAUGCACUACACUUAGCACACAGCGUUAACGAGAUCCAGAUUUUCAACAUUAACGUCAAGCCAGUGCUUCUUUAUGGCUCAGAGACUUGGUGUGUUACAAAAGGCAUUUCUAACAAACUACAG